AUGGCGAGCUCGCGUCGACCAGCAGUGGAGCUCCGAUCCUUACUGAAGCCGAUGAAACUGAUCGAAUUAUUUCAUUAUGAGGAUUAUUCAGAGGUGGACAUGAAGCCAAGCGAUAAUCGAAAUAAUCAAAAGUGUUUGAAAUGCAUCGAGCUGAAACGAAACCAAAUAUCAGAGAGUGAUUCGAAGAAAAUAAGAAUAAGAUCAACAGCACACUUUUUUAAAUACCAGAGGGAAGACCAUAAUCCUCUUCUGCCUAAAGAUGAUGAGGGCGACUUUACUUGCAAAAUUGAAUACAAUAAUGACGAAACAUUGGAAAUCAAGGAAGAAAUUAUCGAAGAUUAUGAAAAUUUUUCAAAUAGAGGCUUAAGACCAAGCGAUAAUCGAAAAUAUCAAUCAAAAGUGUUCAAAAUACAUCAGUCCAAAACGAAGCCGAGAACUCCAGAUGCAAAUGUCGAAUCGGAAAAUAAAUUCAAAUGCGAAAAGUGUGCGCGAAGAUAUAGACAUAAAAAAGAUUUGACUUAUCACCAAAAAUUCGAAUGUGACGUCAUGCGACAGUUUAAUUGUAAAUUCUGUGGCAAACUAUUCAAACGAAUAAGUCACAUGAAUCGGCAUGUGGAUGUCUUGCACCGGAAAAAAAAGUUAAAGAUAUCGGAAGCAAGGCAUAAUUGCGACAAGUGUUUUCGAAGUUACGCUGCGAUGAGUUCUCUAAAUCGACAUAAACGUAUGCAGCAUGAGGGAAUUUAUCGACAAUUUAUUUGCGAUAUUUGUGACUAUAAAUCAAAUGACAAAGUUCCCUUAUUAAACCAUAUUUUAUCACGCCAUCUUAAGUAAUUUAAUUUCGUACGCGAAACUUCAAAACUUUGGAUAUUUUCCAUACUGGUUGCAAUAACUGUUUUUGCGUUAGCCUAAAUUUUUUUAUACCUAAAAUUCCUUUUUGUAAAAAUCACUGCUUAAAUAUUGAAUAGAGCAAUGAUUUUUAUGUGACGGAGCCAUAUUUAUUCGUUUUAUGAGCACUCUUUUUAGCUCUCAAAGUAGCCGUUUUAUGAUCAUAAUCGUACUGCGCACAUGCGAUUGGGCUAUCGCCCGUGUACAAUAAAAUUAGGACCGCGUCAACUUAUCUUUGUUUUAUGGAAUUUCGUGUGCACUUGUGAGUAAUUUUUAAUUAGGUCCAGUUUGAUCUUUUUACAUUAAAACAAAAUAAAUUGAAGACAUGAGAAUGACAACUAAAUAAGGACCAAAAAUUAAAUUUUACUGGGUGAACAAAAAAGAUUUUUUGUAAUAGGUUUUUAAAUAUAAAAUUGCUGAUAAAAUUGUAGAACCAUGCGUUCCCCAAAAAUUAAGAAUGUGGAAACAACAAAAAAACAUUUGUUCGGUCCAGAAGAGAAAAAACAGAACGGUCCUUUUCUAAUUUACCAUCUUCGGGACUUUUAAAUAUAUGUAUUAUAUGUAUUGUUCGAUAUAUUUCGAAAGAGGUUUCCACCGUAAUUUAAGAAUUUUCUCAAAAACAGGAGAAUGAAAACUGGCUAAUGACCAAAAAUUAAAUUAUUUCUAUACUACAUGUUAGAACAUUGAUUAAAAAUUCUAGAAAUAUGUGGCCAUUUUUCACAACAUUUAAGGGCAAACUUUUUUCUGUGUUGUACAUUUAUAUCUCUCAUAUUUUAUGCAAAAACAAUAUAUUUCAACAUCUAAUUAUUACAAAUCAAACCAAUUUUUUCUUAAUAUAAUACAUUAUUAAUUAUUUCGGUAUUAUUAUUACACCGAUAGAAUGCGUCGAGUUAAUACAUUCAUAAUAAAAAACGGGCUGCUCAGCUGAAAUGAAACCUUCCUAAUUUCUCAAUAAGAACAUUCUUAAAUAAUUAUUUCCGUAAAAGAUAUAUUUAUAACUUUCUGAAUAACUUUCUCGCUCGCAGGUUUUGCUUUAAAAUAAUUUAAUUUAAAUUUAAAGAAAAUAUAUCAUUUUUUUGUGUUUAAUUUAUAACUUUUAUGUAAACAACUGUAAAUUUAAUUUGAAAAGUCGAAGAAUCGCUGAAUAAUUGCAGCGAGUUGAAUUUGAAAAAGACACACAAAAAUUGGUUUUUCAAUAAACGAGGUUUUUUGGUACCAAUAUAAGUAGAAUCCAUUUCCUCAAUUACAAUAAGUUGACAU